CAGACCGCAGCUUCAACGUUACUCCCCAACUCUAUAAUCAAUACCCGACUUCACCGCUGCUAAGCCCCACCACUCUUUUGAGUUACGGGCUGCAGACGCAGGCAGUCACUAGCAUCCUCAUCCCUCCAUUUCUCUCCUCCCUUCGUAUUUUUACUUCCUCCGGCGUCCAGUUACUAUGGCGUCCGCCGUUCUCCCAGCCUGUGCGACCCCAUACCGGGCCUCUUACUCCCAUCGGUAUCCUUCCAACCUGAUGGACAUGGGCGUUGAAAUGGAUUCGUAUGGAUCCUACCAACGUUUCCACUCUCCCUCUCCCAGUCGGCGGUCCUUGAACCGUCAGCGCUCUACGUCUUUCCCCUCGGUCUACUAUUCGGGCUCUCCAGAGCAUCAUCCUGUCGAGCCUCGACGGAAGAAGGAGAGUAGUUCUCGGCGCCGUCGUCAUGGCAGCCCGUCGAACCCUCAGCCGGCCAGAUACUCGAGGAACUCGAUGCUGGUCAAUCCAGACGUUAUUGAUCGUCUGGACAGUGCGAGUCUCUGCCAGUACCAUCACGAGGGGCCCUACGAUGCUGUCUAUGCGGAGAGGAACUACCACACCAAGCAGAGCCCCGUCGAGGCAGUCAAAGAUUCAACUGCCGAGACCUUGAAGGCGACUCCGAAAGAUAAAAUUAGGGACUGCAUCGAUAGUCACCGUCCUCUGGACGGAGUGGCUUAUUAUCCUCCAGGUCACACAGACAUGGAGGGCCGCACCUACGAAUACGAGGAGGGGCCGAACAUGAUGAACGACUAUGGAAACUUUAUGCGUUGUCCCGGUCAAAAAUUCACCGAUGAGGAUUUCAAAAAGGACCCCUUUUACAAUGCACCCCACCCCAAGCCAUUCGCCUCGCUCCGGAAAGCGCUCAGUAUCCGUCGUCGCAAGCGCAGCGGAACUUCUUAAUCCAGUUCAUUUGGACUUUUUGUAUACGGCCGCACUACAACAUGCAUUUGCGGUUGGUUCGUCUAUAAGACCGCAGUCUCUUUGAGAGAGCUGCGAGAGUUGGUGUUGGGUUUUGAUGAUUUUGAAGCGUUAUUUUUCUAUAUGUAUUUUACCAUGAUUCCCCUGCUACACCGGUCAUGACCUCGGUGAUUACGGUAUGACAUGAUGUGUCACGCUCGGAGUUGAAGCCUGGAGUAUCACGGUGGGAGGCGUUCAUGGUUGCCACAACCCCUUUGAUGGGUUUGACUUGGGAAUAUCCAUGGUUGUUCUUACUUCUGCUGUCUGACAGUCAAACUUGAC